AUGGAAAGCAACAACGUUAAAAAGAAAGUUGGAACCCCUUCUGUUUAUAGAGGGGUCAGGAAGAGAAAAUGGGGAAAAUGGGUUUCUGAAAUAAGAGAGCCAGCAGGAGAUAAAAGAAGAAUAUGGCUUGGGAGCUUUGAUACCCCUGAGAUGGCUGCUGCUGCCUAUGAUACAGCUGCAUUUCACCUGAGGGGGCAGGCGGCCCAGCUAAAUUUCCCUCACUUGGUGGAUUAUCUUCCUAGUCCAGCUAGCUCAAGUGUUGAAGAUAUGAGAUUGGCAGCUCACGAAGCAGGAAUUCCUGUUACCGUGGUCGAUUAUGUUGCUCAGCCUGUCACAGUAGGACUCUCCCAGAGAGAGAUUCAGGCCAUUCACGACUUGCCAUUGGAGUCACCAAAUUACAAUAUGUGGAUGGAGAUGACAUCUGGCUCAAAGUUUUUAGGAGACCCGGUCAUUUUUCCAGGUGACUAUGACCAUGAAAUGACUGACUAUGUAGAAGUACCUGAUGAUUCCUUGUGGAAUCACUAG